AUGAGCGAGUGCGCCGUGGCUCUGCCGGAGGACUGCUGGGAGCUCGUCUUCCGGCGACUCGGGGAUGAGCGGCUCAUGGAUCCCGUGUCUCUCGUCUGCCGACGGUUCCUGUCCAUCACCAAUCGCAUUCGGUCCGAUCUGACGGUCUCCGAUCGGACGGUCGUCGUCCACGGUGGUGGCGGUCCCACGCAGCUGUUCCGCCGCUUCCCGAACCUGAGGCGGAUCGCAGCAUCUGAUUUCCACGGAAAUCUGGACCGCCUUGUGCAGGACAUGUCCCGUUCUGGCCUGAAGCUUGAGGCGGUUGAUCUCCACGGGCAGAGGCAGUGUUUUCCGAGGUCGGCCAUGAAGGAGCUCGGUUUGAGGAUGGGGGACAGCCUCAAAGCGCUAAUACUCGGCAGGUUUCUCCACCUAGAGAACGACGACGUCCUCGCUAUCGCCGAGUCAUUCCCCAAUCUGGAGUUGCUCGAUAUCAGCCACCCGCAGCGGGAGCUGGACCAUUCCUCCGAGCUCCGGCAGAUGGUGACUGACCGCGCAAUCGAGGUGCUCUCCUUGAAUCUGAGGAACCUAAAGUCGAUCCACCUCUCAGGGAACCAUUUCUUGUCCGACAGCGCCUUGGUUUCUCUGUCCACGAACUGUCCCAACCUCACUGAGGUUGUGGCUCACGAUUGCAGUUUCAUGAGAGGCGAGGGAAUUGUUUUCGUUCUCCACCAUAGCCCGAACCUCACCUCUGUCUCUGUGAACCGGAUAGCGGUUCUUUCUCGUUUGAUGAGCGUGGAGAGUAACCCGUUCUAUCGCGCGAGGACCCUGCGCCAUCUCAGUCUCUCUCGUAUGCUUGUGCCGGAUGAGCUGCUUGUUUCCCUGGGAGAUAUGGACCUCCAGAUGCGGGAAUUAUCAUUGUCGGAUUGCUGGGGACUGUCUUUUACUGGCUUAGCAUCCGUCUUGCAGGCAUAUGGUAGGUCACUCCGCCGCUUGGUUCUCAUUGGAUUAAGUUUUCUUUCAGAUGGAAUGAUGAUAUCUGUCCUCCCACAUCUCAGUAAUAUGAACUUCAUCAAUCUGAGCUGCUGCUGCGAUCUGAGCAACACAACUUUCUUCAGCAUCUUGAGAAAUUGUCUCUGCAUUGAACAGAUCGAAAUGAGUAAGACGACCGUUGGCCAGGGCCUUUUACCUGCAGCUCCAUGCUUGAACCAAAGACUAAAAUCUCUGCGGCUGACCGAAAAUCCAUAUCUCGAUGAUGACACGGUUGGACUUAUUGCUGGAUCAUGCCCUCGGUUGGAUUCUCUUGAUAUAAGCUAUUGCUGGGACGUGACAGAGGAAGGAAUGAGGAAUCUUGGAGAGAGAUGCCCUGAGAUCACUGAGCUAAGCAUAAAGGGCUGUACACAAAUAAAGAGUCUUGGAACCAGCUCGGGCUUCCUAAAGUUGAAAACUCUGAAGGCUACUGGAUCUGGGUUGCAUGAUAAAGCGCUCUCAGUGCUUGCGCAAAGCUGCGAAGGCCUCUCACAGCUGGACUUGGACGGAUGUCCAGAAGUCACAGAAAAGGGUGUGAAAGAUGUAGUUAUGGGAUGUAAGAGGCUGCAGCAACUGUAUUUGGGUCCCCAAAGUCUCGACCUCAAUGUGCUGAAUUGGAUCGUCUCAUCAAGGCUUUUGCUGCGAAAAAUAGUCUGGCAAUCAGGUUUCCUCCCUUUACGGCUGCAGGAUCUGUUUCUCUCCCAUGACUGCGUGGUUAGAACUAGAAAAUAG